ACCACUAGUGCAGCAGAAACAUCUACAACAACAGAGCCCUCCACAAUCACAACAACUCCUGCAGAAACAUCUAUCACUAGUACAGCAGAAACAUCUACAACAACAGAGACUUCCACAAUCACAACAACUACUGCAGAAACAUCUACCACUAGUGCAGCAGAAACAUCUACAACAACAGAGACUUCCACAUUCACAACAACUUCCACAAUCACAACAACUACUGCAGAAACAUCUACCACUAGUGCAGCAGAAACAUCUACAACAACAGAGACUUCCACAUUCACAACAGCUACUGCUGUAACAUCCAUCUCUAGUGAAGCAGAAACAUCUACAACAACAGAGCCCUCCACAAUCACAACAACUCCUGCAGAAACAUCUAUCACUAGUACAGCAGAAACAUCUACAACAACAGAGACUUCCACAUUCACAACAGCUCCUGCUGAAACAUCUACCACUAGUGCAGCAGAAACAUCUACAACAACAGAGCCCUCCACAAUCACAACAACUUCUGCAGAAACAUCUAUCACUAGUACAGCAGAAACAUCUACAACAACAGAGACAUCCACAUUCACAACAGCUCCUGCUGAAACAUCUACCACUAGUGCAGCAGAAACA